UAUAUUAUCCCUUGCUGUUUUCGCCCAAAAUAAUCAAUCUUUCACUGUCUUGAGUUUUAUUUAGUCUCAAUAUCUAGCCCUUCUAAUCACACGAAAGAUUAGAUGAUUUUUCAGGUCACUGCAGCUAUUUGACUCCACCAAGCAUCAUAGAGGUGUGAGAUUAUGAUCAAGAGAAUACAACAAUGAAGAAUCAGCUGAGGGUUCAGUGAGAUUCUCUAGUAUGAAUCAGUGAAUCACCCUCCAAAGUUAUCAUAAUGUAAAUGAACUACUGGGAUAUCUUAAAUUUUCUCAGAGUCACGAUGUGUGUGUUUGAAUAUCAGUUAAGUCCAAUGUGAAUGAACUUUCAUUCCAAUUCAUAAUAAGAAGAGUUUUAUUCACUUUUUGACUCUGUCAUUCUAAAUGAGUGAGGCUCAGGCUAGUGAGAUGGAUGUUUUUCAUAAGGGAAUAUGUGAGUGGAGUUGGAAGGAGAACAAGGUGUUUGAGCUGGCUCUAGCAAUGGUGGAUGAGAACCACCCACAAAGGUGGGAGGUGGUUGCAGCCUUGCUUGGAGGAAAAAAGAGUGCAGGGGAGAUUCAAAAGCAUUAUGUGAUUCUUUUGGAGGAUUUAGAGCUUAUAGAAUCUGGAAAACUGGACCAACAACUGGGAGAGGCUAGGCCCUGUCUCCUUGUUGAAGGUAUCAAGUCCUUAUGCUUCUCUGAUGAUGAAACAAACAUGUAAGUAACUUUUUCUUUGUGGAAUAACAAAAAUUCUUAUCUCUCACCUGGUAAGAAGUUAGAACUGUGUACAUAUAUGUAGAAUUAGACCACGCAGCUUAUUUUUUAUCAGAAUCAAUUUUGACACUAAAUUCAAAGGUGUCAGAUUACAAUUCA